AUGCCACCGAAAGAAGAAGUGAGAAAAAAGACCACACGUGAUGAACAGCUUCGCAGUAAGUCAGCUGAUAGCCGGUGGAAUGCAGUUGGGAAAGGCUUAUCCAAUGCUGUAUCACGCAGUCUUCCUACCAUGAACAAGAAGGUUGACGCAAACGGACCGGCCGGAAAACCUGGACAAGUUGUCGUGACGGAGAAAAAGAAGAGACGGAGGAGGAAGAAGCCUGAAGAAGAGCAGUUCACUCCACCUGAACCACCAAAACCACGUAUUGUUAUCACGAAAGAGGAUAAAAGAAAUAAGACACUAUGGAGACAUAUUAUUUGGUUAAUCGUCUUGUUUGCUUACUCUCUCUUGGGAGGAUUAAUUUUCAGUGCUAUAGAAGGUGGAAAUGAUCGUUCUUAUUUGGUGAUGGAAUAUGAGAAGAACAUGGAUUUGUUUAGAAGACGACGCUCUUAUCAGGAACAGCUGUUUAGAAGGUUCCGAGAUAUCGAAUAUGACAAAUCGAUCAUCAAUAAUCGACGAGGAAUCAGCCUUGACAAGUAUAAGAUGGAGUUGGCAAGACAUGCACUCGCAUGGUAUGAACGUAAACUUGGUGUUGUUGUGGAAGAACCGACCAUGCGUGACACUAAAUGGACACUUUGGGGAGGUGUCUAUUAUGCUGCCAGUCUUUACACAACUAUAGGAUAUGGAAACUUCUUCCCACGCACUAAUUCCGGUAGGAUUAUUUCGAUGUUAUAUGCCUUCUUCGGCAUUCCAUUGGUGUUUACGAUACUCUGUGAAUGGGGUUUCCUCUACUUCACAUGGAUAGAAUAUGGCUGGAAUUGGGUCAACGAGAGGUUUUGUCAGAAGAGUCUCCAACGUCAAGUAGAGAAACGUCAUUUAAGGGAAAGGUUCCGUCGAGUGGGCAGCGAACUUUCACUUCGCAGUAUGUCCGCCGUACCGCUUAUAAGUGUACAUAGAACUACUAGCAAUCUUGUGAAUACCACAGACCAUCAGAUAGAGUCAAAUAAACCGUUAGGCGAGCUUGACGUCGUGCUGCCUGAGGACGAGCAGGCACAAACGGUACCGAUGAAGGCAGCGUUGAUCUUUUUCUUCAUGUGGAUAAGUUUGUCUGCAUUUAUCGUGAGGUUGUGGGAAUACGAGUGGUCAUACUUCAGUGCCUUUUAUUUCUUCUUCACUUCACUCACCACUAUAGGUCUCGGUGACGUUGUUACGAAGACGCCGAACUUUAUCAUCUUCAAUUUGGCUCUCACACUGGUCGGCCUCUCCGUUGUAGGUCUCUGUUUAGCGAUCGUUCAGGCUAAAGUUCGACUGGUUUUCGAUCGCUUAAUUCGUUCCAUUGAUUCUCAGUAUCGGAUACGACAAAUUGAUCCAGAUGUGGCAACUAUGACUUUAAUCCCCGACGAAAAAGAAGGAAUAAAGAAGUUAAUUGGCGCCCAGCCUCUUCAAGAUCGUAUCGUGUUCAUAUUCAUGGACGAACAUAAAAAAUGCAUGCUAAGGGAACGUUGGAAGAUGCGUAGUGGCAUGGUUAACAGAAUAACGCAAACGUAUCCUUCGAGAGCAGACAAGUACGUACAAACCGGGAACAGAGUAUACGAUCAACCCGGUCAGCGUGGAGGCGACGACGAAGAUGAGUGGGAAGAGGAGGACGAGAGUGACGAGGAUGAAGAGGGUGUCGAGUACGACGAGGCUGGCAAUCGCAUCGUUCCACCAAGUACAAAACGAUACAUCUAUACAGUCUUCGACUGA